ACCACCUGCUGCUGCCGGUCAGUCACAUUCUCCCCUCGUUUUAUAACCCGGCCUCCCCCCAUCCCUCCCACUUCUUCUUCUUCUUCUUCCACCAAUUAAUCCAUUGACCAUUGUCCGGCGAGCGAGCAGCGAUUUUGGGGCGAUGAUGACCAUGGAUCUGAUGGGAGGAUACGGGCGGGCGGACGAGCAGGCGGCGAUCCAGGAGGCGGCGGCGGCGGGGCUGCGCGGGAUGGAGCACCUCAUCCUGCGGCUCUCCCAGACGGGCACCGGCGCCGAGAGCUCCCCGGCCGUCGCGGCACCGGAGCAGGCCAAGGGGAAGCAGCAGCAGCAGCAGGAGCAGGUGGACUGCAGGGAGAUCACGGACAUGACGGUGUCCAAGUUCAAGAAGGUGAUCUCCAUCCUCAACCGCACCGGCCACGCCAGGUUCCGGCGCGGCCCCGUGGUGGCGCAGUCCCAGGGCCCCGAGCACCAGCAGCAGGCGCCGGUGGUAGUAAGGUCUUCUUCCGUGACGCUGGACUUCACCAAGGCCGGGUACGGGAAUAAGGACGCCGGGCUGAGCGUCUCUGCCGCGACCGCGAGCUCGUCGUUUCUGUCGUCGGUGACCGGUGACGGGAGCGUGUCCAACGGGCGCGCUGGCGUGUCCUCUUCCAUGGUGUUCCCGCCGCCGCCUUCGGCCAGCUGCGGGAAGCCGCCGCUGGCUGCGAAGCACAAGUGCCACGACCACGCGCACUCCGAGAACGUCGCCGGCGCCUCCGGUGGCCGCUGCCACUGCUCCAAGCGCAGGAAGUCUCGGGUGAGGCGGAUGACCCGCGUGCCGGCCAUCAGUUCCAAGGCGGCCGAGAUCCCGGCCGACGAUUUCUCGUGGCGCAAGUACGGGCAGAAGCCCAUCAAGGGCUCCCCCUAUCCGCGAGGCUACUACAAAUGCAGCACGGUGCGCGGGUGCCCGGCGCGGAAGCACGUGGAGCGCGACCCCAGCGAGCCCUCCAUGCUCAUCGUCACCUACGAAGGCGACCACCGCCACGCGCCCGCCGACCAGGAGCCGCCGCCGCCGCCGCUCGCCGCACUCCACGAGCUUUGAAGUUUCUUCCUUAUCAGUACACCGGCCUGUUAAUUAAACUUAGCUUAUUAUUGCUCAUGUUCGCUUGAUUACCAUUAGACUUCUUCUUGUUGAAUCAAUCGCAUCAGUGUAGUAGUAGUAACUGUACUAGCAGCUUGUAAAGAACAAAUUAGGAAGCACCGAGCUCUCAGCUUUGGAGAAGAAAGUUGAAUGUAGUAGUAAGCAAGAGAGAUAAAGAUGCGUAAGCGUGCUCGGCGUUUUGACCGCAUAAUCAAAACGUAAGGUUAGUACAGUAUUGACUAAA